CUGCAUGUUUCCCCCAUGCGUGGGCUACGGACUAUAAAACAUGAACCCGCGCCCGUCAAAUCCCUAGUUAUUCGUCAUGGAGAAGAUUGGCAACGAUCCAGCUCCAGAUUGUUGCGAAUUCCCUUUGAAAAGGUACAAGACGCACCAGUCCUCACCCAUCUCCAAGACCUUUCUGUUACAUUGUGGGGAUCAGAAAGCAGCGGACGAUAGUCUCGAAUCUGGCGAAGAAAAAUUGAUCGAUGGAAGCAACAACAGCACAGCGCGACAUGUGUCAGAUCCGGAAUCUAUGGAGGAAAAAUUGGGCGAUGGAAGCAGCGGCAUCACCAUGCCGAGCGAGGAAGAGGAGAUGAGUUCGGAUGAAGAAAGGGAUGGCGGCGAUUUUGAAGUAGGCGUGAUCUACGCUGAUAAUGACUGCUAUGAGUCGAUGGAGGACGAUGAUGAGAAAACCUACGACAGUACCGCCACCAACGACAGUGAUGAUUCUUAUGCUGGAAACAUGAGUGACUAUGAAAGUAAAAAGGAAUAUAAGAAAGCAAAGAAGUACAACAAAGUGUUGUCUGAAACGGAUGGCUUUGGUGUUAUCACUGUUAUACCAAAAGGGGUUAUUAACGGAAUAUGGCCUAUUAAAUUGAAGGGAACGCACCAAUCUAGAUUGGAGAAAUACACCGACAUGGCCAUUCAGAAGUACAACUCUGAAAACGACACAAGUCUGGAAUUUGUGGGGAUUGUGAGGGCAAACCUUGGAAUGGGUUCUGGCUAUAUUUAUUACAUAACAUUCAGGGCUAGAGACACGGUUUCUGGAGUGGUGAAUGCAUAUGAAGCUAAAGCCUUUCACUCCUACGUUUCAGAGUCUGAGCAUUACGUGCUGUUUGUUAGGUUGGCAGAGGAACAGAUGGAAGUUUGAGCAAGUGAUAUGUUUGGGGAAAAGAACACCGUUUUUUUAGUGCUCCGUAUUAAGGAUGUUAUUGUGCUGUUGGUAUUGAUUUCUGAACAAGUAUCUUUUGUGCAUAGCGGUUCCAUUCAGAGGGAAUCUCCUAAUUAUUUCACAAUCGGUGAUUAUAUGGGUUUGUCACUUUGUAAUCACUUUGCAAUUAUUUGGGAGGGGAAUGACCUUAACUUCAACGCUAAGACCAGAAUUUGUGUUUAUAUGGUCUUUGAGAGCAGGGGCGGAGCCAGACUUCACUACAGGGGGAGUGUAGUACAAGUAUUACAAUGUAAAUAAAAAUUUGCAAUUUUGAUCCCAUAUAUUUACUAAGUGCUCAUUUAAUUUGUAGUGAUGAUACUUCACUUGCUCACAAAUUUCGUCAUGUAACUAAUAAGUUUUUGAUAUUUAUGUACUUUCCAACCUGAAAGUACAUUUUCCUAAAGAUAAUUCACCGUAAAUUGUGCUGUUGAUGUCGAUUUUUG